CGCAUUUUCCGCGCGUUUUUCCUUACGUGUGAUAUGCUAAAAGCGUGCCCCAUGAUAUUUAUUAGGGUGGUUGCUAUUCGUUGUUAUUUUUUUUUGUUUCGUGUGUGUGACGACAAGAAUAUUAUCAAAUGACUAAGAUAGUGAACUAUAUGUAUUUAUUGUAUAUAAUGUAGGUUUGUGGGUGAAAAAAUAUAAAAUUCUGGAAAACUCCGAUAAUUUCAGCAAAUAUCAAAUAAAUAAUGUGCUAACACCGUGUUUUUUAUCAACGAUAAACUCAAGAAUAGUAAACGAAUGGCAGGGACAUGAUGAUUGUGUAAUUUAUAAUAAUGUUUUUAGUUGUAAAAAAAAAGUUAUUUAAAUAUUUGUGAUUUUUUCUCCAACUUCUCUCUGUGAUUGAAUUGCUAAAAGUGCCUGGCAUAGUGCUGCAAUGUAAUAAUUAAAAGUGAUUGAGAAAAUAUGACAGAAUGUGAUAAUUUUCCUACAAUUUGCAAAUUUCCAUGUGACUCGUUGGCUGAAAGAAGAAAUCCAGAAAAGAGUGAGAUUUGUGGGAAAAUUGGUGUGUUGAGUGUGUGAAAAAAAAAACAGAGAACAGAAUCAUAAAAGAAAGAGAGAAAAGUUCAAUGGAAUGGUCGUGGUUGAAAGAUUGGUGGAGAUUGAAGAAACUCCGACGCCGGCAAAAAUGCCACGAUGGAUAUGAGCACAGUAAUGAUAAUGAUGACGAUGAAGAAAACUACAAUGAAUACUGCUACUGUGACGAAUGCAUGAAUGGAGAUAUUGAUCUGUGUGAUCCAACUGAGAUCGAUUCCGAUGGCAGUGUUUCAUCGUGUUCGGGAAAGCAGGUUGUCGUGGGUGUAUGUGCCAUGGCAAAGAAGUCUCAAUCAAAACCAAUGAAGGAGAUCUUAACGCGACUUCAGGAGUUUGAGUACAUAAAGAUCGUUGUUUUCCCGGAAGAAGUGAUCCUUAAGGAUCCCGUUGAAAAAUGGCCCAUCUGUGAUUGUCUCAUAUCCUUCCACUCAAAGGGUUUUCCCCUUGAGAAGGCUGUCAACUAUUCCCAACUUAGGAAACCCUAUGUGAUCAACAAUCUCCACACGCAGUAUGAUAUUCAGGAUCGGCGAAAGGUUUAUUCAAUUUUGGAAAGUGAAGGAAUUGAAAUUCCACGUUAUGCUGUUCUCGAUCGCGAUUCGCCUGAUCCUAAACAUCACGAGCUUCUUGAGAGCGAAGAUCACGUUGAAGUUAAUGGGGUGACAUUCAAUAAGCCCUUUGUGGAGAAGCCGGUCUCAGCGGAAGAUCACAAUAUCUACAUUUACUACCCAACUUCGGCGGGUGGGGGUAGUCAGCGACUUUUUCGCAAAAUUGGCAGCCGUAGUAGUGUGUAUUCCCCGGAAUCACGCGUAAGGAAGACUGGAUCCUUUAUUUAUGAGGAUUUUAUGCCAACGGAUGGGACAGAUGUGAAAGUUUACACAGUAGGACCGGACUAUGCGCAUGCUGAGGCGAGAAAGAGCCCAGCACUCGAUGGAAAGGUUGAGCGUGAUCGUGAGGGGAAAGAAAUUCGAUAUCCUGUGAUAUUAAGCAAUGCGGAAAAGCUGAUUUCACGCAAAGUUUGUCUUGCUUUCAAGCAAACUGUCUGUGGUUUCGAUUUACUGAGGGCCAAUGGGAAGUCGUAUGUUUGCGAUGUGAAUGGUUUUAGUUUUGUGAAGAAUUCAAAUAAGUAUUACGAUGAUUGUGCUAAAAUACUUGGGAAUAUGAUCCUGCGGGAACUCACGCCAACACUCCAUAUCCCAUGGUCUGUGCCAUUUCAACUUGAUGAUCCACCAAUUGUGCCCACAACUUUUGGUAAAAUGAUGGAAUUGCGAUGCGUUGUGGCUGUGAUAAGGCACGGUGAUAGGACACCAAAGCAGAAGAUGAAGGUUGAAGUGCGGCAUCCAAAAUUCUUUGAAAUUUUCGAAAAAUACGAUGGCUACAAGCAUGGUCAUGUAAAAUUGAAACGUCCAAAGCAACUACAGGAGAUUUUGGACAUUGCACGGUAUCUCCUUGCGGAGAUUCAGACAAAGGCAGCCGAUGCUGAGGUUGAGGAGAAGCAGGGAAAGUUGGAGCAGCUAAAGUCCGUCCUGGAGAUGUAUGGGCAUUUUUCGGGUAUUAAUCGGAAGGUGCAGAUGAAGUAUCAGCCAAAGGGGCGUCCACGUGGUUCGAGUUCGGAUGAUGGUAUGUCACUAGCAGAUGCGCCAAAGGAACCAUCCCUUGUACUCAUACUCAAAUGGGGUGGUGAACUUACGCCAGCCGGACGUGUUCAGGCUGAGGAGCUUGGGAGAAUUUUUCGUUGUAUGUACCCCGGGGGACAGGGAAGGCAUGACUAUUCGGGAACACAGGGACUGGGAUUGCUAAGCAUUUCCAGAUUGCAUUCCACCUUCCGGCAUGAUCUCAAAAUCUAUGCAAGUGACGAGGGGAGGGUACAAAUGACAGCGGCGGCUUUUGCAAAGGGGCUCCUCGCACUUGAGGGUGAACUAACGCCCAUUCUCGUACAAAUGGUGAAGAGUGCAAAUACAAAUGGUCUCCUGGACAAUGACUGUGAUUCGAGCAAGUAUCAAAACAUGGCAAAAAAUCGUCUUCAUGAACUAAUGCAAAUAGAUCGGGACUUUUCACAAGCUGAUCGUGAAGCAAUUAAUCCGGGAAAUAGUCAAAGUAUCAAUCAAGCUUUGGAUUUUGUGAAGAAUCCCGUUCAAUGCUGCCUGCGCGUUUGUGCACUCAUUCAAUCACUAAUGGCGGUUAUUGCGGUGAAAAGGGAUGACCCAAAGACACGCGAUGCAAUCCUCUAUCAUGGGGAAACGUGGGAGUUAAUGGGACGUCGCUGGGGGAAGAUUGAGAAGGAUUUCUCCACGAAGAAUAAGACAUUUGAUAUAUCGAAAAUUCCCGAUAUUUAUGAUUGUAUCAAGUAUGAUUUGCAACAUAAUCAGCAUACGUUGCAAUUUGAGCAAGCUGAAGAAUUGUACAUUAAUGCAAAGUACCUGGCGGACAUUGUAAUACCGCAGGAGUAUGGGUUGACGGUGCAGGAGAAGAUUGCCAUUGGGCAGGGGAUUUGUACGCCGCUGCUGAAGAAGAUCAAGUCGGAUUUGCAGAGAAAUAUCGAGGAGGCGGGUGAUGAGAGUGUCAAUCGGCUCAAUCCCCGCUACAGUCACGGUGUCUCAAGCCCAGGAAGGCACGUCCGGACGCGACUGUACUUCACUAGUGAGAGUCACGUACACUCCCUCCUCACAGUUCUCCGCUAUGGCGGAUUGAUCAAUACAAUGACUGAUGAACAAUGGCGUAGGGCCAUGGAAUAUGUCUCAAUGGUCUCAGAAUUGAACUAUAUGUCACAGAUUGUGAUUAUGCUGUAUGAGGAUCCCACGAAGGAUCCCUGCUCGGAGGAGAGAUUCCAUGUUGAGCUUCACUUUUCACCGGGUGUCAAUUGCUGUGUUCAGAAGAAUUUACCCCCUGGUCCUGGCUUCCGGCCACAUAGUCGCAAUGAUUCAGUCACCUCGAAGAGCACCAGUGGGGAGGAAGAUUCAGCAACGACACGAAUUGACGAGGAAGAUGCUCAAAAUGAGGAAGAAAAUACACAAAGCACGCCACAGAAUUCUGAUGCAGCUGAUUUGAGUGCAAGGGGAUCAAAAGGUGAGAAUUCACCGUCUGAAAUUGCUCCGCUUCAUCAAUUUACAUCACCAAAGAUUAAAUCAUCAGAACCAAUUCCCAUUGGAUCGUGCCAUACGGUUUCCGGGCACGAGGCAAUGGAUUUGGCAAAGAGAUUGAGUAAGGAAUUGGCAACGCAGCAGCAAAUGCAGAGUGGAUCAUUGGGUGCAACGAGAUCAAUGAGCCCGGAUACGGAACCACGAUCGCGAUCGUACGAAACGACACAAUCAAAGCCGAAAGCUGAUCACUAUCCGCGAUACCAAAGUCUCCAAGCGGUCAAUGACGAAGAAGACAAGCUAGAUGAAAUGCCCGGUGCUUUGCCUCCUUUGCAUGGUAGAGAGAAGAAAAAGAAGGCAUCAGUAUCAACACCACUGUAUGAUAUUAAUUCGGCAACGAAUGAGCUGCCACUAUCGGCAAUAAGUUUCAAAUCGAACCCCACUAGUCCGGAAGUUGGGGAAUCUGUUGAGGAUGAACCACCUCUAUACAGUCUACGUCCACUAAGUGGUAGCCGAAUAUCGUUAAUGGCGACAAAUGAGCGCCCAUUGUCGUGUAUGUGCCUCCAUAGACUGUCGGGGAGGGAUGUGGAGACUCCAGAUGCUGCCGAGGGUAUCACAAUCCUUCGGCGGAGUACGCUCCACAAUCCCGUGACGUCAAUGGUGGAGCUGGAUGUGGGGAGAGACGGAUUGGGGGGAGCAUUAGUGGUGAAUGAUACUGAUGGCAAUGGGGGUGAGGAGGAGAAGAGACGUGCAAAUUCAGCACCAGCUCGUCUAUGCCCAUGCAUGCGUGAUGCAGCAAUUAGCAGUGCCGUAGUUAAUGAUGACAAUAAUUUAUUGCCACGCAUUUUGAUUGAUUCACCACGCGAUCCACCAACAACACAACACAGCACAGCUGAAAAUCUUUAUCAUGAAUUACAUAUGACCAAUAAUGGCAAUAAUAAUAAUCAUAAUAAUAAUAAUAACAUUAAUAAUAAUAAUAAUCAAAUACCGAGUCAUCUAAUAAAAUCCAUCUCAGAUGGUCUCAUUAAUACCACAUUAAUGGCAUACGAAGAUAGCGCGGUGGUUGAUGAUGCAACACAGCAUACACAGUGUGUUGAUGUGAUGCGAAAGAGGUGCAAUGAUACUAAUGCAAAAUCCCAUCAUGGUGUCAUAACAAAUGUGUCCACCUCUCUUUCAACCACACCAACAUUUAAUCAUAAUCAUGCAUCAACAAAAACCCAACAACACAAUUCAGAUAUCACGGCAACAACGACAGCCGCCUCAUCCGUACAAACGUCAUCAACGAAUACAGUGAGGCGUCAACGACACAGCAUCGCCGGCCAGAUGAGCUAUUUCAAAAUGUUGGGUUUUGGCGGAUUUAGCAAGAAAAUGGCCAGCACCAAUAGUCUAUUUAGUACGGCAGUUAUCAGUGGGAGCUCAUCGGCGCCCAAUUUGAGGGAUAUGAUACCCAGUACAGCAUCGCCAUCAGUACUUGAAGGGAUUGGAGGUGUUCCGUCCAUCAGACCCCUCGAGACGCUCCACAAUGCGCUAUCGCUGAAGCAAUUGGAUUCCUUCCUUGAGACCAUGACGGUGGCCCCGAUGUUCAAGACUCCGGCAUCGUCACCGCCCAAGUAUCCGUCGACACCACUUCCGACGCCCGUGCAGACGCCACAAAAUUCAAUUCCGGAGAAGUUUAUAAGUUCUUUUGCACGCGAUGGCAUUGCAGACUGGAGUGGACAGUCGAGUAUGACGAGUAGCCUGAGCGCUAUGUCAAGUGGAGGUCCACCGAGUCCAAAUAUAUCCGAGAAUACCUUCUCAAGAGGAUACUCAAGUACGGAUAUGUCGGCAAGCAUAAAUAGCACAGAUGAACUUGCCAUUCUGGGUGCAACUGCGGAGCUUUGUCAAAUGUUCCCAACAUUGGAUGCUGAUCUCUGUGCUGUAAGUCAUCAAUUGACACUGGAAAGUCUCCCAUUGAGCUGUACAGACAUCAGUCAGGGUGCCAGUGGGGAGCUUACGCCCAUAAGUACGGGAUCUGAUUUUGAUUUUAACACAAAUGACGCAACAAAAGGAUCAUCAACUGAUGAAAUAGGCAUUGAGGAUUCAGAUGAGGAAACAACGGUAUCUGCAACGGCGGAACUUUCCUUUCCCACGGAGGGAUUCCUCUCAAUGGACAAUUUGAGGAAUUUCAAUGUUGCCAAUGAGCCCUACAAGAGAUCUCUGGAAACAUACCAAACAUCCGUGAUGAAUAUCAAGCGGAAGCUCAGUGAAAGAUGCAUUUCCGAGGAGAAUGCUCAUGCAACGGGUGCCACACCCAAAUACCCCGGUCGUAGUCCGCGGAUUCAGAAGCAAAUCAGCGCCUAUGAGAGGGAAUCACGCAAGAUGAGUAUGCGAGAGCCCCAACCGCUGGCACCGCCACUUGCACAGCGUGAAAGUCAGUCACAACAUUGCAUUUCAGCGGAUAACUUAACCCGUUCGGUUGUUGGGGAAGUUGUGCCCGAGAAGGAGAUUGCGGCAAAGACAAAGUCAUGUGCAAAUCUUAAGAUUUUCUCCUCCAACACUCCAGGGGCGCUUGUGGUGAAGGAGAAAUUUAUUGCACCACCCAAGAGGGUGGCAAAUAGCUUCCAUGGGAAGACGCAGUUUUCCCAAAAUAGUGAUCUCUUCCGCAGAACUAUCAGCCAGGGUGUCGUUGCGAGUGGUGAUGCACCCACAAAUCGCUUUACCACGACUAUCGUGCCUGAGGCAUCGUGCUAUGAACCAGCAAGAUCAACCAAAGAGGAUUAAAAGCUUCAAAGACACAAAAAAAAACAAAAUAUAUUUCAAUGUUGACAAAUUCAAUAAAAUGCUGUUAGUUCAAGAUA